UGUUUCUGGGUGUAUCUUAAUCUUUGCUUGAAUCUUAUUGAUAUCUUCUGAUUGAGAUUAUGUGGACGAAUGUUAUGGUUUUGUUAUUCAUUACCCAUUGUUAGAUUUAAUUGAUUUGUAAUAAUGAAUGAGAUUUUCUUUUGGAAGAAUGUAAUGGUUUGUUGGAAAAUUCUUUGCUUGUGGAUUAUUCCUGGGAUCUUCUCUUUGCAAAGUUAUCUUCUUCUUCAUCUUCUUCUUCUUUUGUAUUCCUUAUUCUUUGUCUUAUUUUCUUUUCAUUCUUUUUGUAUAAAAGAAGAAAAACUCCAGCUGUUUUUGUUUACCUUUAACCCUUUUCUAUUUAACGAUUAAAGACUAAUGCAUCUUUAUCAUCUCCUUAACACUUAUAUUCUUGCUCCUCUUUUUACACUGUCGUUCCUUUUUUAUUAAAAAGAAAAAGACUCACAAUGAUUAGAAUUAGGCCAUUCUUUGGAUGAUGAUGAAGUUUUGAUUCUGUUUAUUGCCCCUUAAAGUAGAAAGCUGCACAUGGAAUAGUUCUAACAGAGAUGUUUUCUUUAUUGUCUUCCUAUAUAUAUACCUAAAGAGCAUCGUGUUAAAACAGCUUGUGGUGUUGUGUCUGUCAUUGUCUAUGGAGAUCGAGAAAAGCCAGCAUUGAUUACUUAUCCUGAUCUGGCCCUUAACCAUAUGUCAUGCUUCCAAGGAUUAUUCUUCUGCCCUGAAGCAGCUUCCUUGCUACUUCAUAACUUCUGCAUUUAUCAUAUCAGUCCACCCGGUCAUGAGUUAGGAGCUGCUCCGAUUUAUCCUACUGAUUCAGUCCCUUCUGCUGAUGGUUUGGCGGAUCAGAUCCUUGAAGUGCUCAACUUUUUCGGCCUUGGUGCUGUGAUGUGUAUGGGAGUGACUGCAGGUGCUUACAUCCUCACAUUAUUUGCGAUGAAACAUAGAGAAAGAGUUUUGGGUUUGAUUCUUAUCUCACCGCUAUGCAAGGCGCCGUCUUGGUCUGAAUGGUUUUACAACAGAGUUGUCUCAAACUUGUUGUAUUUCUACGGAAUGUGUGGAGUGGUAAAAGAGUUUUUGCUUCAGAGAUAUUUCAGUAAGGAAGUCCGUGGUAACAUAGAGAUUCCAGAGUCAGAUAUAGCACAAGCUUGCAGAAGACUGCUUGAUGAGAGGAAAAGUGUAAACGUCAUGCGGUUUCUUGAUGCCAUUGAUCGGAGACCUGACAUCUCAAAUGGAUUGAAGAAACUAAAAUGCAGGACGCUUAUCUUUAUCGGAGAUCAGUCUCCCUUCUAUUCAGAAGCUGUUCACAUGGCAGCAAAUUUGGAUAGAGGAUACUGUGCUUUGGUUGAGGUUCAGGCUUGUGGUUCGAUGGUAACGGAGGAGCAACCACAUGCAAUGUUGGUUCCAAUGGAAUAUUUCUUGAUGGGUUAUGGAUUAUAUAGACCAUCUUAUUUCACAGAGAGCCCUAGAAGUCCUCUUAGCCCUUGUUGCAUUUCACCUGAGCUUCUCUCUCCUGAAAGCAUGGGAUUAAAGCUUAAGCCUAUCAAAACCCGAGUUUCUACUUGCUGACGUUAAAAUCUUAUUAGGGCUGUUGUAGAUAUAGAACAAACACUAGGGGAGAUCUGAGGAGAAGACGAAGCAGGGAACAUUCAAGCCAUCCUUAUAACACAAUUCUUUUGUAGCCAGCCAUGAUAAAAGACAACAGUUCUUUCGUUGAGAAGCCACACAUGUUGUUUUAUUAUUUCAUUUUUUUAAUGCAUAUAUGUAAAAUGUUCUGUUGUUGUGACAUUGUAACAAUUGUUUUGUGAUGGGACACUGAUCUAUUUCAAUAAUAAAUUCAUGUUGGAUAUGAA